CGCUCAGAUGUGGGAACACGUGGUUUUCUCCGAGCAGCCCUACGGGUGCACCACUUCCUCUCACGUUUAGAUUCCUUCACUUUUUCAGUUUCUCCGGUUACCGCUGCGGGUAGCAUCAGAGUGCUGAGCUGGACUAGGAUACACCCUCACCUCAUUCAGCAUCUUUGCAAACUCCCAGAUAAAUAAGAAGCUCCGUUUUUUUAUUCUUUUCUCCCACCCUUGACUUUGUAACUCCUACUCGCAUUCCCCACUUUGAACAAAGUUCAUUCCUCUCUGUGCUGCAGCAUCUGAGGCGCAGAGCUGACGUUACCUGCGCUGAAGGAGGUCUUCUCCUAUCCACAGCUACGGAUGGGAGUUUGAUUGUUAUUAUAAUUCUUAUUUAAUUUUUAUUUUUCUUACUUUUUUACACCCUGAAACAGAGAAUACUGGGAUACUCGCAGAUCCAAGGUGCUGUGCUGCUGUGGCGCUCAGGGGGAGAUUUUUGGGCAAAUGCCAUUGCGAUGCUGUGGAUGUGACUUCAAACAACAGUUUCGCUGCGGUAGAGUCUUGUGAACCACAAUGAAAGACGAUUUUGCUGAUGAAGAGGAGGUGCAGUCCUUUGGUUAUAAGAGGUUUGGAAUUCAGGAGGGUACUGAGUGCACCAAGUGUAAAAAUGACUGGGCACUGCGGGCAGCUAUUGCACUCCUAUAUGUGCUCUGUGCCCUGCUCACCAUAGCAGUGGCUGUCCUCGGAUACAAAGUGGUCCAGAGAAUGGACAAUGUCACAGAGGGCAUGCAGAAUUAUGGAGGAAAAAUCAAUGCUGUGGAGACAGAUUUAAAGAAAUUAGAUGAUCAGGCAGGACAGAAGUCAGUUAAUGCCACAACUGAAAUCAAGACUUUCAAGUCAGAUCUGGAGGCAUUACAGAACCAACUGAAUGACAUUGCCCUCAGGGCAACCAGAAACAGGGACAUCCUAGAUGAGCUUCGGAUCACAGGAGAUGACAUGCAAAAUGGCCAUGUGUCCCUGCAGAGUUUUCUGCAAAACAACGCUGCCUCACUGCGUGGGUUCAACCAGACUUUGAAGUCUUACAGUGGCAUGAUUGACGACCUCCAGACAGAUACUGCGCGGCUCCAGUCAGAGAUACAGGGCCAGGUCAAAGUGCAGAGCCAGACCCAGGUUAGUGUCAGUGCGCUAAACAUCACCCAGUCCCAGCAGCGCAAUCUGCUCAGCACGCUGCAGAAGACGAUUGAAGACGCCGGCCAGGCAGUGCAGAAACUGAAGAAUGAUUACCAGGGUCUGCAGCAGACAGCCAGACAGAACCGGGCUGACACAGAGUGGCUUAAGGAAAAGGUUCAGAAUCUCCAGGUUUUGGCAGCCAACAACUCAGCUUUGGCCCGGUCCAAUGGGGAAGCUCUUGAUGACUUGGGGGCUCAGCUGAGCACACUAGCCAGUCAGAUCCAGAACGCCACAGCCCUCACUGAGGGACAUGACCAGAGCAUGCGUGAGCUGAUGGACCACCAGAGGGACCAUGAUAACGCCACCUCAUCUAAGUUUGAUGAGAUGGAAGCACGGUUAGACAGACACGAGAAUGACAUGGACCGCGUAACUGGAAACGUCAGCUUCACCACCCAGCUCCUAGGUGCCAUCAGCUCCGACCUGAAUGGCUUGAGGUCCUGCGCUGAGACGGUGCUGCUGCAUUCUGAUUUGCUACUGGGGCUGAACGGUAGCGUGACGGAAGCCAGGGAAGAGAGCAGAGAGCUGCGAGCUCAGCAGGACGAGCUGGCGACCAGGUUGGACAAAGAGGUCAACAGCCUGUCUAUGGUGAUGGAGGAGAUGAAGGUGGUGGACAGCAAGCACUCUCAGCUCAUCACCAACUUCACCAUUCUGCAGGGUCCACCAGGUCCAAGGGGUCCCAGAGGUGAAAAGGGUCCCCAGGGGCCAGUGGGUCAGACAGGACAAAAGGGUGAUAAAGGAGACAAAGGGAUGGCAGGAUUGGUGGGACCUAAAGGAGAGAAAGGUGCUGCUGGACCACCAGGCGCGACAGGUCCAAAGGGUGCACCCGGUGCUCGGGGUCUUCCGGGGGCUAAAGGGUCUAGAGGAUCUGGCGGUCGACCUGGAAACCCUGGUGACAAAGGUGAUCCUGGGCCUCCAGGGCUUCCUGGUAGGGAUGGACCGCCGGGGAUGCCAGGACCGCAAGGGCCACAGGGGCCCAGAGGAGCAGCAGGACCUGCAGGGGUGGAUGGGUCUCGUGGGCCUGUUGGACCCAUCGGCCCUCCUGGUGUUCCAGGGCUACCAGGGCUACCUGCACCUGUACCUCCUGUAAUUUUAAAGCCAACUCAGGUCACUCAUGUCCCUGAACUCCCCAGACCACCUGAAAAUCCCAAACCAGAGCUACCAGAGCUACCAGAACUCCCGUCCCAACAGGUCCAGCCCCUUGUCACCACUGCUGCACCACCUGGUUGCCCACCUGAGUUCAGGAAGUUUGGAGACAGCUGCUAUUACUUCUCCACUGGUGCUCAGAGAUUAAACUUUGAUGAGGCCAACCAGUUUUGUACCAACAUGUCAUCUCAUAUGCUCAUUAUUAAUAACAACGAGGAACAGCAAUAUGUGAGAAGUGCAAUUGCAGGAAAAGGUUAUUUCUGGCUGGGCCUUACUGACAGGGAGGAGGAAAACAUCUGGAAGUGGGUGGAUGGCACCAUACCUGUUUUCAAGAAGUGGAAGCCUGGCCAGCCUGACAACUGGACUCAUGGUCAUGAAGAUGGCGAGGACUGUGCUGGUCUUAUCCAUAAUGCCAACUGGAAUGAUUUCUACUGCACUGACCGCAUCGGUUUCAUCUGUGAACGUGCCUCUGACCUUAAUGUUCCAGUUUUAUAGCAUCCAUCUAAGACAGUGUGAGCUGUCUUUGGGAGAAAGAAGAUGAAGAGGCUGAAGUUGAGGUUGAAGAUGGGAGGAUAAUGAAGGAUAUAAGGAGGAGCUCUACAUGAAUUAGAGGCCUCAGAUAAAGCCAGCCCAGCUGAGCAUCACUGAGACUGAUCUUUGUCUUAAGGGCACUUUACAUCACAGUAUGGUGCAGAAGACAGAACAAGCACAGAGCCAGCCCACUAUGGUAUUGAUUUAGCAUUUGUACUGAAGCAAACAUGAGAAUGUAGUCAUUUAUUUAGGCUAUACUAAGUCAUUAUUUGGUGCAGCCACUGUUGUACAGGUGUAUCUGUAAAUAAUAUUUCACAAACAGUACAUUGUUGGUUGGGAUCGAAUUUCAUAUCAUUUUAUUUCUUGACUGCCUUCUCAAGCUUUACACUCACAAAAAAUCUUUACCAGAGGAUUAUGUUGUUAAUAGAUUAUAUGCUAUUUUUAUACUGACAAAUACUUCACUGAUUCAGAACUGUGCUUAGAAAUAAGCUCCCGGGAAAACGAUGAGCACCCACUCACCACCAGCAAAUGACUGCAAACUCAGAUAAUAAAUAAAAAAUAAAGCUAGUAUAAAUUUCACCUUUCUGCAAACUGAAAUAUCAAAGUCAUUUUUUAAAAAUAGAUGCUCAGUGUGAGCAGUGCUGCUGUUUUAUGAAGGAUAGUAUUUCUGAGACUUUAGACUGCCAGUAUGAGUUUUAUAUAGUGUGAGGCAUACAUUAACAAUAUGUAAAUGUUUUGUAAUGUCGCCAUUAUAAGAUGAUUUAUUCAUUAUGCCAAAUAUUAUAUGUUAAAUAUGUUACGUGUUUAUUAUUUGCAUAAUCAGUUGUUAUUGUUAUAUGAUUGACCUUUGCAAAUUCAUAUAAUGCUUUAAGGACUGAGUAGCAGUUUGUAAUCUGGCUCAAGGCCUAUUAUGCCUUAAUUAAAAUACCAAGUUCCUAUGGAUCAGGCCAGAACACUUAUUACAAUAAAGUGGGAAAGAAACUGUG